AUGGAAGACCGUUCUAAGGUAGUAGAACAGGGACAUAAAGCAUGUUCAUAUAACAUACUUGCAGAAAAUGAUAACAAAUGGGCUGAUUUAGAAGAAACAAGGGACGUACUAUGCACAUCAGUAAGCAAGGGUUUUAUUAACAUUGAAGAGGAAAAAAAUGAAUUCAAUUUGAGAAGGAUGUGUACAAUAGAUACAGCAGAUUUAAGCGGUACUGAAAGAUUAUGCGAAUUACCCAAAGUCCAGCAAGUUAAUACGAGCAGUUCGGAUAAUACAAACUUUUCCAGUGAGCAAGAUUCGGUUAUUGAUUUUAAUGAUGGCAUGGACGGAGAUCGCUACUUCUCUUCGAAUGAGCAAAAUGAGCCAAAUGAAUCAAAUGAAUCGACUUGUGAUUCAAGUGGCGCAAAUGGAACAAAUGAAACAGAUGGAUCAAACGGGACAAACGACACAAACGAUACGAUUUAUCUAAAUAACAGCUCAAGCUUAUCCUUCGGGACGCAAUUUCACGAUAGAGGCGCAGUGCGUGUAAUUCCGGAUGCAAAAACUUUAGCUACUACCAAAGUUAGGCCUGAGAAUAUUUUAACGCUCCAGAAGUUUACUUGUUAUGCGGCAAGUAUGAAUUCCGUGUUCGAUGCAAAUUCUUCAAAUGGUAUAUAUGAUGGUAAGGCAAACACAAGAAGUUGUAGUGGUAUUAGCAAAAAUAGCAUGUACAGAAUUUCGAAUAGUAGAAAUAAUUUUAAGAAUAGAAAUAGGUAUAGUAGUAAUAUGGUUUUAAAAAACGCAAAUAAUUACCCUAGAACAAGCACCUCUAGAAGACCAAACUCCUUUAAAAGGAUACCUAAUUAUAGAUAUAUUAAUAAUUAUAUUAACAUAUAUAAUUUAUGCGGAAAAUAUCCUAUUAAUUCCACAUAUUACAACCAUUCCUUUUGUUUGAAUAAUUAUGAAGAAAAUAUCUGUAAUUUUUAUAUUAACAGAACAAGGUAUUUUCCGAAUAAUAUAGGGAAUAUAUAUCAGAGAGUAUUAUAUCCCAUUCCAAAAUAUAACGGAGCAUUAACAAAUUUUAGAGGAUACAAUACUUAUGUUAUGUAUCCCCCUAUGCAACCAUUCAAUCUAUAUUAUUAUAGAUUACCUCUACUUCAAUGA